UGAUUGUUCAAUUAUUGUAAACAAGCCUCGAUGUCUUUUGAGGAAGAGCCAGUGGCAAGUGGUGGUGGCUUAGAUAUUGACAGUUCCCCUGAGAAUCUCAAUCUUCCAAAAUACUGCAAUUUUCAUAAAUUUGUUCUCAUUGAGGAGUUGACUCUUGAGGAAGACUACACGCAAUUGCACUAUGGUAAAUGCCGCUUGAUAGGAAAAGUCUAUAGGGCCACAAAUGAUGAAUUUUUUUUGGUGAAUGUUCAGAUAACUAAUAUUACACAGGAUUACUCCUUACCCGAAGGCACAUUAAAGAUCCAUCUUAAAACUCUAGCUAAUGCCCAUCCCACGCUGGAACAUGGAAAAUAUGUAGAAAUAUUAGGAGAAGUUAUAUUACUUAAUCCCUCACAAGAAGAUACACCUUUAACUUCCAGAGGAGUAGUGGAACAAUUGCAAUUUAUCUCCAAAACGGAAGACGAGAAAAAACUAUUGAAUUAUUUUCAUCAUCAUUAUAAGCCAGCAAUUAAAGUUUGGCAUGUUACACAAAUUAAUCGAGCUGGUGACUUAAUAUCGCGUAAAUUAGAGAGGCGCAUGCUUGAGCAAAUUAUAGAGUCUUUCUAA